AUGGUUCAGACGUUGGAAGCGAUCAAGGGUGGUGGAGGCUCUAUUAAAGUUGGAACGACUGGUACAAUCGGUGCUUUGAUGUCAAGAGAAUUAGAUUCUAAGAAAGUUUCUUCUCAUGCACCGGCUUCAUGUAGAAGUAAGUCUACAACAGUUUGUUCAUUCAUUGCUGGCAGUGCUUCCAGUCCCAAAAGAACAAAUCCGAAAACAUCAGGUGACGAAGCAAGUAGCAGUGGGAUGUCUGAGAGCAAUAAGAAAAUCAGUGAAAUUGUGAGAAAAACAAAACAGUACAGUCGAAAAACUCAACAUAUUCCAAUACUAGAAUCAGAAAACAUUUCCGCAGAUGGAACGCCUGUUAGGCAAAAACCUGAUCGAAAGGGACAUCACAUUGUGGAAAUUGUGGACAUAAAUUGCAGAAAUGUUGACAGAACUUGGGCUGGCCCUAUAAAGAAUCGCCUGAAGAAGCUUGGUUUCUCAAAGUUAUCCGAAAGCCCUGUCUAA